AUGUCGGAAGGAGGCAGCAAGGACAGCUCGGGCAGCGAGUGCCCCGUGUGCUACGAGAAGUUCCGCGACCUGGACGGCGCCAGCCGCACGCUGAGCUGCGGCCACGUGUUUUGCCACGAUUGCCUCGUCAAGUACCUGCUCUCCACCCGCGUGGACGGGCAGGUCCAGCGCACCAUCGUCUGCCCCAUCUGCCGCUACGUCACCUUUCUCAGCAAGAAGAGCUCCCGCUGGCCUUCCAUGCUGGACAAGAGCUCCCAGACCCUGGCUGUGCCGGUGGGCCUGCCUGCUGGGCCACCACCGGACCCUCGGGGCCACACGAACCCCCUGGCCGCCUCCCAGUCCGUCUGGAGGCCAUCGGAGAGCCCAGGGAGGCUGCCAGGCAGCCCGGGUGGGAGCACCCCACUCCCCUUGGACCUGCUGCCCAGCCUGCCCCGCGAACCCCAGAUCUUCGUCAUCAGUCGUCACGGGAUGCCCUUGGGGGAGCAGGACAGUGUCCUGCCGCAGCGCAGCCUGGCCGAGCUCGCCGGGGCCUCGCCCACCCCCAGCUCGGCCAGGUCGUUCUGCUGCCGGUCCAGGGCCCUGCUGCUCAUCACCCUCAUCGCCGUGGUGGCCGUGGUGGCUGCCAUCUUGCCCUGGGUCCUGCUGGUGCGGAAGCAGGCAUGA